CAUUUUGCACACAUUUUACAAGUUUGCAUUGUCACAUUGACGUUUCACAAUACCAAUUAAAUGAAUUUCUUUCUUCAGUUUUUGCUUUCACUUUUUAUUUUUGACCUUUAUGACCUUGUAUUUUAUUUCCUAUUCUAUUUUUCAAUUUUGGUUAAAAGUGUAUAAGAACUGGCACAUGAAAAAUUCCCUACAGCUCUUAUUCAUAUUUAAAAAAGAAAAAAUAGGAUGCGCCAAUUGCUCAAAGCCUAGAUAUGGAACACCAGAAAAUGAUUUUAUCUAAAUUAGUGGGUCAUGUUCACUUCCUCGCCUGUGGACUGUAAAUUUAAAACUUUUGAACAUAUUACAUACAGGGGGCAACAUUUUGAUUUACUAUAUUUUAUUACACAGUCUAAAUUAAAGCAAAAGUAAUCACACUUUUUGCAUUGUGCAUUUAUAUCUUAAAGUCAGCGCACGUGGGAGUCUAACGACAAAUGUCCCAUGACUGCUGACAGCACUGUACAAUAUUUCCUCUCUAAAAGGAGGGUGGGGCGCCCUCAAACGCCUCUUUACAACAGCAACUUCACUUGUUGGCCAAAACACUGCAGCCAUCUUGCACAGCGCAUCAAGAGUGAGUAAAGUCUGGAAUUCGGUUUGUUGGCUUGUUGUAAACCACGUUAUUUUUCUACCGAAAGUCACACGGUACAAUUCUGAAACGGAAGAGCUAAGGUGUUGGUAGAAAGAGGCCGUCGACGAUGUAACAUUUGAUGAAGACAUUUCGUCUCCGAUACGAUGUUGUUCCGUCUCAUGCAUCCCCUGGAAUGACAGCUGAAGCCAUUGGUACCGCCUUUUAGAAUGUGGAGCACCCAAUCAGAGCUCGCCGAAAUCCCUGCACGGAGACGUUUGGUUGUUGUGCGCACGCGCAUGUCAGUUGGUAAGUCCCUCACUUCUCACAAGCUCGCAGGAGUGUGAAGAUGGCGGUCGGGUCUGGUCCGCUGGAUGAGCCGUUUUUACACACAGAGGUGAAUAAAGCGGUAGUUUGUCAUCCUGUACAGUCUGUAGAGUCACAACUGUCGUCCUUGUGUCACAACAACCACUGGGGUAGGCAAGAGGCAGCCGGUAAUUACAUGGCUAUAGUUCCGGGACAAGGGGGUAGCGCGAGCUAAUGUCCAGCUGGGACUUGGUCAAGACGAUUGCCAAAGCAGGUACGCUGUAACUACUAAUGUUGUUUUCCUCUUUGUCUCUCCGAGUAUACACGAAAAGCAAGCGCCGGAGCUGACAGAGAGAAACAGUAGACGUGACAGAGUCUUGUCCCAUCACAUUUAAGAUUGUUUGUGCUCCUUCUAAACAAGUUGAAGUGCAGGGGGUCUCAUCAUAGCGAGGUCCCCAUGGUUCAGCUAUGGAUGCAUCGACGGCCAGCACGGACUCAACCACGGGACACGACCCUGGCAAAACACUUGCUGGUAGUGAUGGUGCAACUUCUGUCCCCAAUCACCAGGGGAAAGUAGGCUCAUACUCGGUGCAGACUUUCAAUGGGAGCCAAACUAUGAACUCUCACAAUUCAGGAAGCGCUGCCCCUCUCGGGGGGGCGGCAGUGACAAGUGGCACUGGUAACAGCAGCAGCACUGCGAUAACUGUCACAGCUGUCAACAGUGGACCAGUGAUGUCUAAAGGGCUGGCGAGUGCAAUAAUGCACCCCUCGUCUAACAGUGUAAUUCAGACGCCUCUCAUGAACUCACAGAGUGUUGUCGCUUCAGCUCCGUCAGUGAGCCAGGCAGCAGGACCCACUGUGACACUCGUCAGGCCGCCUAUGCAAACCGCGGGGUCGGGUGCAACUUUGAAUGGGAACAAUAAUGUGAGCCAUGCAGUGGUUGCCAAUACAACAGGUCACACAGGUAUCGGCAUACAAACCCCGCUUGUAAACAACAGCCAGCCGUCCAACUCGGUGUCUGUCAGCGCAGGGUCGCACAUAAUCAAGGCAGAGCCACCCACAACAAUAAUACAGUCAGCACCGCAGCCGGCUGUCACUCCUGGCGCCGUCAGCGCUCCCCGGAUUCCGUCGACGGUAGCUGGCGGUCCAGGCGGGAUCCGAGCCCUGACGCCUCAGAUGCUGGCCCCAAGGCUCCCACAGACCUCUCCAGGACAGCCCAGUAUAGGCCUACAUAACAUCCAGCUUCCCCCCGGGAUGGUGCUUGUGCGCAGUGAGAGUGGACAGCUGUUGAUGAUUCCUCAGCAAGCUCUGGCCCAGAUGCAGGCCCAGGCACAGGGAGGCAUGGCGCCUCGGGCUGCUGCGCCAACAAGCGUGCCUCCUGGCCAGGCUCCUGGAAACACCAUCAUCAGCAGACAAGUGGCGCCCAGCACCAUCAUCCGUCAAGGCUGUCCAGCUCCAACGUCACUCACGGCAACCACCACUCUUCACAGACCUCCCAUCCUUCAGGGCUCAGUUGGGGCUGCAGUACCAGGAAUUACCCCCAGGACUGUCAGCCAAACAGCUGGGACCACAGUUGCCUCAGUAACAGUGAGCAAAGAGACGAUGGAGAAUGUGAAGAAAUGUAAGAACUUCCUGUCUACAUUGAUCAAGCUGGCAUCCACUGGGAAGCAAUCAACAGAGACUGCAGCCAGUGUGAGAGAGCUGGUCAAGGACCUGCUGGAGGGCAGACUGGAAGCUGAGGAAUUCACCAGCAGAUUGUACAAAGAGCUCAACUCUUCACCCCAACCUUACCUUGUGCCUUUCCUCAAGAGAAGCCUCCCAGCCUUGAGGCAGCUCACUCCAGACUCAGCAGCCUUCAUCCAGCAGAGUCAGCUCUCCCAGACAUCCUCAGGUCCAGUCCCCUCCACCUCACCCAUCCCCACCACAGUGGUCCUGGGCAGCCCAGCGCCCCGCCUCACUGCCCCAGUCUGCAGGCCCCAGCUCCAGCCAGGCAUUAGCAAACCAGGACAGACCCCCUCACUGGUUAUCCAGCCUCAGCAGCAGAGAGCGAUGCUGAGACCUCAGGUAGCCUUACCGACGACCCCCAUGGUGACUCUCAGGAAUCAGGCCCCUGGUCGCAUCAUGCUGGGACAGCAGCAGGUCCAGCUGAAAGAGCUGCAACCAGUUCCUGUGAGGCCGGAGGUGCCAGUGGUUUCUAAACAAGUCUCUGCUGCAGCCCUGACUCUGGCUCAGAAGAACAAGCUGAAAGAGGCUGGUGGUACUUUCAAAGAUGAUGACGACAUCAACGAUGUGGCCUCCAUGGCUGGAGUGAACCUAUCAGAGGAAAGCGCUAAUAUCCUAGCAACCAACUCUGGACUAGUGGGAGCGGUGACACAUUCCUGCAAGGACGAGGCUUUUCUCUCCUGUGCUGUUCUACAGAGGAGAAUGCAGGAGAUAGGUAGGAGGCACGGUGUGACAGACCUGGGUGCGGAGGUGGUGAACUUUGUCUCCCACGCUACUCAGCAGCGGCUCCAGAACCUGCUGGAGAAGGUUUCCCAAGUGGCCCAGCAGAGAAACACCAAUUUCAAGCACGAGGAUGACAAUUAUGAGCAGAGCAGUGAUGUUCGUGCUCAGCUCAAGUUCUUUGAGCAGCUGGACCAGCUAGAGAAACAACGGAAGGAGGAACAGGAGAGAGAGAUCCUCCUAAAGGCAGCUAAGUCUCGAGCCCGGCAAGAGGACCCAGAGCAGUUGCGUCUGAAACAGAAGGCAAAAGAGAUGCAGCAGCAGGAGCUGGCUCAGAUGAGACAGAGGGAGGCCAACCUGACGGCUCUGGCAGCCAUCGGCCCCAGGAAGAAGAGGAAGAUUCUGGACUCUCCAUCCUCCUCUGCUGCAGCUGAGGGAUCAGGAACAGGUUCCUCUCUGUCUGGUGGGGCUGGCUCAUCAGGAUCCAGACCGACACGGCAGCGCAUCACACGCGUCAAUCUCAGGGACCUGCUCUUCUGUUUGGAGAACGAGAGAUCUACCAGUCACUCCCAUUUCCUCUACAAGGGCUUUCUCAAAUAGGCUUGAUGUCAGAGAGGAGAGGAGGGAAACGUAUGUGGAGAGACCAACGGCUCCCACCGCACGGAGAGCAUAAGAGACUCUCAUAAAUGAAGAGGAGGAGCGCAGCGACUUGGCACAUUUCAAGGCUUUUCAGAUAUACCUGAUAAGCUGAGUACAGUAGUAGCCAUAUUGGAUGGCCUCUCUACCUCUCUCCUCAAAUAAUGCCUAUUUUGUUUCAUAGCAGUCAUGGACUAAUGCGACUAUCUACCCUGUACAACUUUUCAAGAAAGUGCAAAAACUGAUUACAUGUGUUCUGAGGAAAGGUUUAUGUUUGAACUAAUGACUUAUUGUACAAUUAUGCACUGUCACACAGUACAGUUUAUUUUCAUAUUAUUUGUAUAUGCAUUAGGCAUUAAAGCAAUGGAAAUCAGCGCAUUUGAUUUAAUAGACCACCAACUAAUUUUAUUGAAGAAUUUUAUUUUUGAUUUAACUGAAUUAGUUUGAACUCCAAACUGUGUAACCUACUGAGUUGCCUUCCUAACUAUGAAUAAGCCAUAUAGCCAUCCCGAAGCAAUUAACCCUGCUGUAACUCAUGAAGCAGUAGUUCGCUCUGUAUCUGUCAUCUCCAUUACUUGAUUCUUUUUUUUUUCUGCAUAUUUAUUUACUAAACGCAAGCUUAAAUUAAUGUUUAGUUAUUUAUUUAAUUUCAUGUGACACCUCAGUGGUUUCAUGUAGCUUAAAUUCAAAACAACAAGCAUUUACCUGCAUAGGAUAUGUUUAAAAUCAGUUUUGGGUGUGUAGAUUUCAGUGUGUGAAGAGAGGUUUCUUUUGUUGUUGUUGUUGUUUUUUAAUCUUUUAAAUUGUUCUUUUAAAAUUAGUUUGACAUUUGUUGAUUUCUAAAACUUAAAUAGGCUUCCGAAGGCUUUUAACCCGUAUUGCUAUACCAAACAUACAUCUACCUGAAAGUGAUUUCUAUUUUUGUAGCUGCCCACCAACACGCAUUUUUACUCUUUCAAUAGCGACUGACAGUGUCCUCCGACUUAAGAAAGUGGAGUUUCUUCCUGUAUAUUUGUAAAUGUUACACCUAAAGUUUUACACAUGGUUUUGUAUAGAAUUGAGAAUUUACCCAUACAGCAUAAAGAAAAACACAUUUUCUCUAUUAAAAAAAAGUUUGAAUAAAUAAUGAUUUUACAGUAA